CGACGCGGCCCGCGCGGCUGACAUCCUCGAACUGUUGAUAACCAGAGCUGAGUUCGAAUCAUGAUGGACUUGUGGACUUGUAAAAUUACCUGGGUGGCCUUGUGGGUGGGCGGAGCCGCGGACGCUAGGUUUGCGCUAAACACUGAACGGCCGUUCCGGGAACGGAGGGUGCGACAGUGCACGGCUCAGGCCAUGGCGGUUUGCGGGCAGGUUCUUCGUCCUCGGCAAUCCCGAGGUCAGGGUUUCCUGCGCGUUCACACAUCGACGGUUUGCCGUGAAAUCGAGGUCGUGUGCGCGGAAACACAGUGGUGCCCGGCUUGCAGAAAACAUUUUCACUCAGAAGGGGAUGCAGACUGCCUGUCCCGGAAAAGCAAUUCGUAUGCCGACGCAGUCAAAUCCAAGGAAGGGGGGGGGGGGAAAGGGAAGGUGGGUGGUGUCCGAGGAAAAGGGAGAAAGGAUGAGAAUGAGGCAGUGGAAGGGGGGGUGUCUAGGAAAAAGGAGGAGGCACCAAAGGAAAAAGGGGACGAGUCGGUCAAGGGAAAGGGAAGUGAAGAAAGGGAAAGUCAACGGGAAGAAAAACGGGAAGAGGAGGGAACCAAGGACGAGGUUUCGCAGAAAGAAGGCAAGGGGAAAGGAGAAGUGGAGAAGGAAGAAGGAAGUAGGGAUGGGGAAGAGGGGUCGAAAGCUCAGGAAAAGGGAGUUUCGAUGGAUGAGGACCGCACUCCUCUGACAAGGGAAAAACGCAACACAGAGGAUAGAACAGAGGAGGUGGAUGGGAAAUCGGACCACGAUCCCGAGCAUGGUUUCGUGAUGAAAGGGAACGAGUUAGUGGCACACAAAGAUCGUAAUAGGCCGCUGGAGUUGGAGGGAUUUGCUUCCCUCUCUCCGUCCUCGGGGGAAGAAGAUCGAGAAUUGGAAAAUGAUGUUGAGGGCGGGGGUCGAGCUCGGAACUCAAACCUCCAGGUAUAUGAUAAUGAGGUAUAUUCCUCGGCACACGAGGAAACGGAUUUGGAUUCUGACUUCGGGGUCAGGACCUUGCACGGACUAAAAGAAGCCAGUCAGGAGGGGGCGCUGGGUGAAUUGCUUGAAUCAGGCCCUGAACGUGAACUAGAUGACUUCCAUUCAGUUGGAAGUCACAGUCUGACCCCCAAAUCAGGGGACAGGCGGUCCAGUAAGGAAAAGAUUGCGCUCUCACAUUUGGGUGCCUUUCCCCUUAAGAAACAGAGGGCAAACAAAAAGAAGAGUCUGUCGAAGGGUUCCACGUCUAAAGAAGCAACCCUGAUGGUUAAAGCCGGAGGGGAAGCACUCCCGGCAAAGGAUAAGCCUGCAGCGAAGCGGGGAGUCAAAUACCCUGGGGGUGCUGCUCGCGCAAUGCAGACUCUCACGAAGGAAGAUAAAAGGAAAACCUAUUAAAGAAUACUCGAUCCCCUUGGUGAUCACGUCGUCCGCAUGGGGACUCAUGGUUCUAACAAAAAUAGGUAUGGACG